AUGACCGCCAUACAAAGAAAGAAAAAGCCCUACUUUGGGCUGACCGGAGGAUGGCUCACAUUCUGGGUGACGGUUGCCUGUGCUACCGACAUGUCCUUGUUCGGCUAUGACCAGGGUGUUUUCAGCGGCGUGGUCCUCACAAAAGACUUCCUCGAAGUCCAUGAUCUAGUCGGUCCCACAAAAACAAAAGAUCUCUCUACUGUGACGGCCAUCUACGACGUGGGGUGUUUCUUCGGCGCCAUCAUCGCAUUCACCAUCGGCGAGCGACUAGGGCGCAAGAAAGCCAUCUUGCUCGGGACGACGAUCAUGGCCGUGGGUGCCAUCCUCCAGGCGAGCUCGUUUAGUCUGGCGCAGAUGUUUGUCGGCCGCAUCAUACUGGGUGUGGGAAAUGGAAUCAACACGGCCACAGCGCCGAUCUGGCAGACAGAGACCUCGCAGUUGAAAUGGCGUGGGAAGCUAGUGAUCUUCGAGAUGAUGAUGAAUAUCGCCGGCUUCUGCCUCGUCAAUUGGAUCAACUACGGCUUUUCCUUCUGCGGCGGAUCCGUCGCCUGGCGCUUCCCGCUUGCAUUCCAGUUUGUCUUUCUUUUUAUCCUGUGGUCCACGACGCCGUGGCUACCAGAGUCUCCUCGAUGGCUCCUCGCCCAUGGCCGCGAAGAAGAAGCAAUGGAAGUAUUAAGCUGCCUCGAAGCCAAACCCAUCGACGACCCCUUCGUCAUCACGCAACGCAACGAGAUCACCUUCAGCGUGCGCUACGAGCGCGAGAACGCCGUGCGCUGGCGCGAUCUCUUCAAGAAGCGCGAGCACGAUACCAAAACGCUGCGCCGACUGCUGCUCGGAGCCGGCAGCCAGUUCAUGCAGCAGUUCGGCGGCAUCAACAUCAUGUCGUAUUAUCUUCCGACUGUGCUGGUCACCAGCGUGAAACUGCAUGAGAAGAUGGCGCGUCUCUUGGCGGCAUGCAACGCUGUGUCGUAUCUCGUGUUCUCGGGUCUGGCAGUCUUGCUUGUUGAGCGUAUGGGCCGCCGAGGACUUAUGAUGCUGUCGACGGCGGGCCAGUUUGUAUGUUUCUUGGUUAUUACGAUUCUGCUGCGCUUCUCGGAGACUAGUCCCGAUGGCAAGAAGUUUGCUUCGGCGUCUGUGGCCUUUUUCUUUCUUUACUAUGGCGCCUUUGGGAUCGGGGCGGCUGUAGCCACUGCAACGGACUGGAUCACCAACUUCGUCAUCGUCGAAAUCACCCCCAUCGGCAUCCAGAACAUCGGCUGGAGGUUUUGGAUUGUCUGGACUGUCUCCAAUGCGGUUUUUCUUCCGAUCCUGUACUUUUUCUAUCCCGAAACCGGUGUGUUCGACCUGCUACGCGCGUUCUUCUUUCAUACUGACAUUUUCUUCACAGCUAACCGCAGCCUCGAGGACCUGGAUGCUUAUUACCGGUCCAACCCGUCGCUGAUUGUUACCAAGGAUCCCGAUGCCAUCUGUCGCCGACGCCCUCAAAAGUAUAUUGAGCACGAGGACGAGGAGAUUGAGAAGACUGCCGCCGGCAAAGAUGUUCUCUCUUCGGUAGAAGCAGCGCAUGUGGAAUGGUCGAAAUGA